GGGUGGCUCUGAGAUAACGUUGCAAAAAUACCCCGGUGUAGAACGAGCGGCUGGGGCGGCGGCUGCUCGAUGGAGAAUGAAGGCGACGGCUGGAGCUCACGGGGGUCGGAUCCGGGACCGGCAGGGCCUGGGGACGCCGAUUCAGAGGUGGGAGGAGGGGUCGCAAGUGAAGAGAGGGAGGUGAGGAAGAGAAGAAGGAAGAAAGGAGGGGAGGGCAGGAGCUCGCCGGAGACGGGCGACGGCGGACGGACGGCCGCGGGAGACGGAGGGAUCCAGAGCCGCCCGUUCGGGCGACACCAAUCAGGCCACGGGUGGAGUACGAACGAGGACUUGACCACUAGACACACAAAAAUGACAACCAGUAGGCGCUUUCGGACACCCGACAGAUUGACAGCGCAGAAGCAAAGAUAUCCAAUGCGAGGCCAUGAUGCCCAGCAGAGACGUAGCAACAAAGCUUGAUGGAAAAGCUCGACAGAAUAACAUGGUUACAACUAACAGUCUGACGGCCUAAAUCAAGUAUGUUCCUUCUUCCCCUGCCUGAUUAAUAUACACCAGCUCUAUGAUCUAUCUCAAAUAUUUUCAAUCACUGAAAAGUAUCUACCCAAAUAUAAAUCAAGUAUGUAGUUUUGUAGUGGAAUCUCUAAAAAGACAUAUUUAGAAACAGAGGGAGUACAAUCAAGGAGUUGUGAUCAAGCUGCGGCGGCGGUCGCCUGACCAUCGACGAUGAGUGCCUCGGGGAUGCCCCAGCUUUCAUGUAUGUGAUGGCUUGCCAACAAAUUUUCUUGUCAUGGUAACGUUUAUUUAAGAUCACAAUGUUCUAGCCCCAAAAUAGAAGCUAGCCAUCGGAUAUGUUUGCACUGGUUACUACAGGAUGCAAGAGGCACAUAAGUUCUCAAAUGAUUUCAUGGCAUCCGUACAAGCGAUGAAGGAGGGAAUUUUUAAUGUAUAAAGGCAUACAAACUUGACCUAAAUAAGUGCUCUUGUGUUUCUGUUAUAUUUUCCUAUGGCUGCGAUAUUGUAACUUAAAUUAAAUAGUGUUGUGUUUGUCUCAGCUCUCUUCAUGCAAAUUGCUGCUAUACCUAUAUGUUCCUCUCAGUACUGCUAAUGGAAUGGCAUUUCAAUUCAUAUACAACAAGUGCAAUUACAUCUUGUGAAAUAUCAGUUUUUAGUUAUAUUCUGUGUAGUCCAGCAAAAUGCAGUUAGAAUCUCUCAUAAUUCAUCUAAUGGAGAUGUUAUAUUUUUGUUCUGUGGUUAAAUGCAGUCACAGUCUGUCAAAAUCAAGAUAAAUGAAGUCACAUGUAUGGCCAAAUUAUUGCUUCAGGUACUGUACAAAGUGCACUUCACAUGCAUGUACACAAGGAUCGACCAGGACAACACUUUACAGAACCCUGCAACACAACCACUGACAGUAACGUAGUUCUCAAUGAACACCUGAGGUUACAUAACUAACACAUCAACAGGAUUGAAUCCGUUGUCAGUAUAGAAAAUGUUGGCUCGGAUGUUAUGUGCACAACCUGUGAGAUGGUUGUUGUUUGGAUAGAGAAUCAGCUCCAUGAAAACAAAACAAAGGAGCUGAUAUUGCAAUAGGUUAACCAGCUGUGUGAACAUUUACGGAGCCCGAACGGGGAGUCCACAGUCAGCUGCUGUGAGACCUCGAAAAUGCGGGUUCUUUUUUCGUUGCUUACAGCGAGAGCCGUUGUUGUGGAUGAGAACAACCACCAUGGAUCCCUCGCUCCAAGUCAUGGUCCAAGUUGCUGAAUGUCCACAAGAAAAUUUAUCUGUAAGCAACGCUACAACCCCAUCUGUCUCUCAUACAAUAUUCUAUGUUUUGCAAGUUUGUGUUGCCCACCUAUUUGUUAAUAUGCUUCUCAAGGUCUAAAAAUACUCUCUCUAUCUGUCUCUCUUUCUCUGUCAUCCAUCAUGCUCUGUUUUGCAAACUGUGCUAGCCACUUAUUUGUUAAUAUGCUUCUCAAGUUCUAAACAUAUUUUGUCAGAUUUCUCACACAUUGUACAAGGAUUAUAGUGAAUAAAUUUUAAAAGAGCGGAAUCACAUAUCAAAAAGUCCAAUUCAUAUAGAGGCAAUGACCUACUGAAUGUUGGUAAUAAUGAUGCUACUAUUAUUUAGAAUAAACUCGAACUACAGGAACCAUAUAGUAGUGGUGAAAAAAUGGAUAGUGAUAAACAACUUUUGUAUUUUUCUUAUUCGGAUUAAAGGUGUUAGAGUUAUAAUAUAAGUCAUGUACCCCUUUGUAUUUAUCCCGUUGUAUAAGGGGUUUCCUGCAUAUGUUCCACACCUGUACAUGUAUAUAUAUCGGCCUAUGGCCUCAUGGGAAUACGAGUUGCAUAUUUCCUAACAUGGUAUUAGAGCUAGGUCAAUUUUUUUUUGCACGCUGCAACUCGUGCUAUUGAUCCAACCCGCGUCGCCGCCAUCCUCUGUGGCCGCUGCUCCUUUUUCUCUGUCUAUCGUAGCCGGCGGCUCUCCACGCCCGCUACUCUCCCUUGCAGGUCAACUCAGGCCGGCUCCUUCCCCAGUCCCGUCUCCCUGGAUCGAACACGAGCAAGCCGGUUUUCCUCUGGAUUGAGUUGGCCCCGCUCGAGCCGGCUUCCUCUGGAUCUGAUCUGCUGCCAGCUGCCGAUCUCGGAGGAGUUUGCUUGCCUGCAGAUCUGCCCACGGCAGGACCGGGCCUCCAGAUCAAUCACCCGUUUGUCCUCAGUUGAAGAUCUCAUCGAUCCGUGCUACAUCUCCACGUAGUGCUACUUUGCUCUCCGGUGAUACGUGGUGCUAGCCACUUCCUACGGGUGCUGCUUGCUGCUUCUGCUGAUACGUGGUGCUGGUGUAUUGAUUCGUCACGCCGCCGGAUCUCGGCUGAUUGGUCUGCUACGUUCGUCUGCCCCUGACUAACACACACACACACAAAAAAAAAUGUCUGCUGCAUCGGGCUAUGUUGCUGUCCCUCGCUGUCCGGUGAUCUUUGAUGGUACUAACUACACCGAGUUCACUGGCUUUAUGCGCAUUCACAUGCGUGGCAUCCGUCUCUGGGGUGUUCUUUCUGGCGAGGUCUGCUGUCCGCCACGUCCAGUUCCUCCGGUGGCCCCUACUCCGCCAACUCCAUCGGUUCUUCCUAUGGAUGCUAAUCAGGUCGCCAAGGAUGCGGCUAAGCUUGCUGAUGAGGCUGCUGAUCGUGCUUAUGAUGGGAGGGUUUUGGCUUAUGAGGAGGCUCUUCAGACGUAUCAUGGUGCUCUGUCUGUUUACACCCAGUGGCUUGAUGAUGAUGCUCGUGCUGCAGCUGUUCUCACUGCUAGUGUUCUGCCUCAGUUUGCUUCUGAAUUUCUGGGUCUUCCUACUGUCUUUGAGAUGUGGACCCGUCUUCGUCAGCGCUAUCAGCCCUCUGGUGAUGCCUUAUACCUCUCCGUGGUCCGUCAGGAGCAUGCUCUUCAGCAGGGUGACUCUACUGUUGAUGACUUCUAUGCAUAGAGUUCUGCUAUCUGGCGCCAGCUUGAUUCUCUCCGCAGUGCUGGGUGUCGUACCUGCCCCUGUUGCCAGGCUGUCCAGGCCAAUUUGGAGUUUCAUCGCGUCUAUGAGUUCCUGUCUCGGCUCCGUAAGGAGUUUGAGCCCCGGCGUGCUCAGUUGUUUGCUCGUGGCCGUAUUUCUCUCAUGGAGGUGCUUUCUGAGAUUCGUGCUGAGGAGACUCGCUUACGUGGUGCUGGUUUGCUGGAGGUUCCCUCUGUGCUCGCUACUCGUGCUCCUACGCCACCUGCUGCACCGACCCCUUCUCGCUCGAGUGCUCCGCCGCUCUUGCCCACUCCUUCUGGAGGCUCAGGUCGCCCCCGUCCACAUUGCGACUAUUGCAACAAUGAUGGUCAUCUUGAGUCUCAGUGCUACACGAAGAAGAAACACCUGCGCAAGGCUCGAUCAUCAUCUUCAGGGACUUCGUCAUCUACCUCGACAGCUUCAGCCAUUGCUUUGACUGAGCAGAAUAUUCUGAGACUUAAGCGUCUGCUCGCGGCUUUAGGUUCUUCCUCGACGGGUACUGCUGGUUCUAUGACUGAUGCUUCCCGCACUGAGCAAUCACCCUCUACACAGUCAGGUACAUCCCCAUGGGUUCUGGACUUUGGAGCUUCUUUUCAUAUGUCUUCUCAUUCUUCCA